AUGGUGUGCGGUCAGCGGCAGGUCUGGUGUCCCCCGCGCCUUGUGUCAGACAGGUUGUGUGUCCCGGGCCCCCGGGGACAGCAGCAGCAGCAGCAGCGGCGGCGGCUCCAGCCCGGACUGACCACGCCUGGAUCACCACCUCCACGCCUCGGAAAGCGCCGACUUCACUCCCUCAACCAGCUUUGCAUCCGAAGCAACUCCCACAGUCGCAAUUUACUUUCGACCUGCCAGCUCUUAUUGCCCACAACAAAACUUCUGGCAAUAGCAUCAACCUCUUGUGAACUGAUCCACAAACCAGCAUAUAGUCCGCUGAGAACAUUUUCUGUAACUCCUCUAUUUGGCAAAAAGGAUGAAGGCUGUGAUAAAGAUCACCCAAGCAACAACCAGCUCCAUCGAUUUUUGGAUGAAUAUAUUAUUGGUCAAAACCAAGCAAAGAAAGUCCUCUCGGUAGCUGUCUACAAUCACUAUAAACGACUAAACACCAAUAUUCCACCUGAUGUCACACAGCGCUCUGGGGGUUAUGUUGACGGCUACUCAAGCUCUCCCAGAGAUGUUCAUUUUUACAUUUCUACAGAACUACUGCAUUUAACAGAAUUGAUUCCACCCUCGUCUUAUUUAUCACAACCGAUACUACAGAGAAAUUUUCGGAAGAACCUUGACUCUGUUGAUGAUACUGUUCACCUGGACAAAAGUAACGUCAUUCUGCUUGGCCCCACAGGCUCAGGAAAAACAUUGUUGGCUCAAACCUUGGCCAAGUGCUUGGAUGUACCAUUUGCAAUCUGUGACUGCACAUGCCUAACACAAUCCGGAUAUGUUGGUGAAGAUAUUGAAUCGGUCAUUGCUAAGCUAUUACAAGAUGCAAAGUUCAAUGUUGCCAGAGCUCAGCAAGGAAUUGUGUUUCUUGACGAAGUGGAUAAGAUUGGAUCAAUUCCAGGAAUACAUCAGCUUCGUGAUGUAGGUGGAGAAGGUGUGCAACAAGGCUUGUUGAAACUGAUAGAGGGAACAAUAGUAAAUGUUCCAGAACGCAGCUCACGGAGAUAUCGUUCCGAUACCAUUCCAGUGGAUACCACCAACAUUCUCUUUGUAGGUUCGGGAGCUUUUAAUGGAUUGGACAGAAUAAUCAGCAGGAGGAGAAACGAAAAAUGCCUGGGAUUUGGUACAACAUCUGACUUGAGCGCCCGCCGUCGAGCUGCAGCUGCGGCUGGUCUGGCUAAUUCCUCAAGAUUGAAUACCCAUGAAGAGCUCCAGGAACAAGACAAGUUACUCAAUCAGGUGGAGGCCAAGGACCUAAUCGAAUACGGAAUGAUUCCAGAAUUUGUGGGACGAUUUCCUGUGGUUCAUGCACUGCACAGUUUAAAUGAGGAUAUGUUAGUUCAGAUUUUGACAAAACCACAGAACGCAAUAAUUACUCAGUACAAGAUGUUGUUUGGCAUAGAUAAGUGUAAUUUCUCCAUUUCUGAGGAUGCUCUGCAUGCCAUUGCAUGUAAAGCAAUUAAUCGGAAGACGGGAGCAAGAGGACUGAGAUCAAUCAUGGAACAAAUACUGCUUGAACCAAUGUAUGAGAUCCCAAAUUCAAAUAUCAUUAGUGUACACAUAGAUAAGGAUGUUGUUGAUGGUAAGAAGAACCCACAGUAUAUUAGGUAAGCUACCAUAUUCCUAUUCAUUAGAAUGACGUGAAUGUUAACCAGUUAACUGUGAAUGAUUAAGAUGAGGAUGUUAAAAUGUUGUUUUUACGAUA